UCCUAUUCAAAAAUUGAGUUCGAUAGGAUUAUUGCUCAUCACCCGUGGGUUUGGACCAGAACCGAUGCCCACCCCUUGUUCAUCUCAAAUCUUAGCCAUUGCUAUUCUUUAAUAUCAUAUCAAUGGUAUAAAGUCAUAGACCCAUGACACAACCCCCCUAUAUAGUAUGAAGAAAGAUGAAUGAAGAAACCAAAAUUCAAAAACACAAAUUACUAGUAAUUUUUUUUUAAUUUUUUUUUUUGGUACAGAAAUUACUAGUAAUUUAAAACCCUAUAUAUCUUCAGUAGUAGCAGCUGAAAAUUCGUUUGAAUCUGAAGGCGGCAACGCAAUUUCAUUCCUCUUUCUCUUCCAAGUUCCAUUCCAAGUUCCAGGUUUCAUUCUACCUCUCCUAAACUCCAUAGUUUCAGUGUUUAGGGUUUUGUUCUGUCAAAUUUCUCAAUUCUUCUUUAAUGGACUCUGCGUUUUCUGUAAUACUUCAUCAAUGGCUAUCAUAACACAUCUCACCGGAAAACGCCCUCAUCACUGGCUCUCCGUUGAUCACAACCGUCCCUCUCCCAAUUCUCCAACAUUCAAAAGACAGAAGUUAUCAACAACUAUGUCGAACAACACGCCACCACCGCUAACCACCAAUGCCACUGUUUUCAGAAUUUCUCGUUAUCCCAAAACCAAACCACCUUUGCGUAGAGAAAUUCAUGCUCCGUGUAGUAGUAGACCACGCAAAUUCGAUUUAUCAACUAAUUUGAAAUUAACAGAAUCAUCCAAUUUGAUGGCUAGUGAUACCACCGAUGAGUUAAUGGAAAAAUACGAGCAUGCGAAACAUGCUGCAUUAGCUACUAUCUCUUUUAGGGAAAAGGGAAAGGUAAAAGAUAAUAUUAAGGAAGUUGUUGUUUUGAAAGAUUCAAAUGUCGAAGAUGUAGAAGAAUUUCUUUCUGUGGUGAAAGACCACAAGUUGAAGGAGAAUGGUUUGGUUUGUUUGGAUGAUAAGGUUGAGGUUGUGAAUGGUGGGAUUCAGCAACAGUCAACUUCAUCUAUGGUUGAUGCUGCAAAGAUGUUGGAUAAUUUGUCUUUGAGUACGAAGAAUGAUCUUUCCGGUGUUUGUGCUUACAAGAAGUUGCUUGAGGCUGUUGAUAAGCGAGGGGACACACUUGGUAGGUUGAAAUUUGAAAUUCAGCUUAAUGAAAAGCGCAAGUCCGCGUUUGAUUUGUUGCGUCCAAAGAAGGAAUUAGUUGAGGAAGUGCCAAGGGAACCUUUUGUUCCUCUUACAAAAGAGGAAGAAGUUGAGGUUACGCGAGCCUUUUCUGCCAACCAGAAUAAGGUCUUAGUUAAUCAUGAGAAAUCCAAUAUUGAGAUAUCAGGCAAAAUGUUUCGGUGCCUUAGGCCAGGUGAAUGGUUAAACGAUGAGGUGAUAAAUUUGUACCUUGAGUUGUUGAAAGAGAGGGAGAGAAGAGAGCCGCAGAAGUUUCUGAAAUGUCAUUUUUUCAAUACCUUUUUCUAUAAGAAGUUAAUAAACAGCAAGAAUGUUUAUGAUUACAAAUCAGUGAGGAGAUGGACUACUCAAAAGAAAUUGGGAUAUGGCCUACAUGAAUGUGAUAAAAUAUUUGUACCUAUUCACCAGGGGACCCAUUGGUGCUUAGCUGUUAUCAAUAAGAAGGAAAAGAAAUUUCAGUAUCUUGAUUCACUGAAAGGAAUUGACACAGAAGUGCUGGAAGUGCUGGCAAGGUAUUUUGUAGAUGAAGUGAAGGACAAGACUGGAGAAGAUGUUGACAUUAGUUCUUGGGAAACAGAAUUUGUUGAAGACCUUCCUGAACAGAUGAACGGGGAUGAUUGUGGGUUGUUUAUGGUCAAAUAUGCUGACUUUUAUAGCAGAAACUUGAGGCUCUGUUUCAACCAGGAACAUAUGCCUUACUUCCGGCUUAGAACAGCCAAGGAAAUCCUGAGAUUGAAAGCUGACUAAGCAAGAAAAGAACACACAUGAGAAUUUGGGGAAAGAAAACGUUAAUGUGAAGUUAGCAGGGAACUUUCUGAUGGAGGAUCCUUCACUUUUGUCACUAACUUGACAAUAACCAUUCAAGAGUUUGGGGUAUUAUUAUGUUGACUGGACUGACUAUACGUAUCAUCUUGAUGUCUGGAAUUCUCUAUCGCGCUCUAAAUGAAAUUGUCUGAUAAAUGGAGAGGACCCUAGCUCAUAUUUAGAUACAUAGUUACAACAAAUUGGUAGAGUAGAAUGCAGUAGAUUCAUAGGUUGUACAUGCUACACAUAAGUGAAUCCAUAGAUUAUGCAUUUCAUUUUGAGGUUGAGCUGUUGAUUAUUACGUAUCAAUAAAUAAAUGUAUCAAUAAAUAAAUGUCCUUCUUCACUAUUUUUUGUGUUUGCUUUUAAUAUUUGCUUCAAUUUCUACUGAGGGUUGAACUUG